UGUGAAAGCAUAGAACUUAUAAACAUGGAAGGGGAAUAGCAUAUACUCUCCGUGAGCUGAAACUGAGUCCAACAUCUGUAUGACUUUGGUCCGUUAUGCGCAUGCGUUAUUGUAAUCUCGUUUUGGCCGCGCAUGCGUAUUUCGAGGAAAAGUCAUAGAACGAGACAGAAUUCUAGUUUCUUCUGUCUCACUUCUUGGCUUCACUUGUGCCGAUCCGUUUCCCCUUCCAUGUUUAUAAGUUCUAUGUGUGAAAGAUGUAAAACAAAAUUAAAUAUUGAGGAAGUCAAGCCAAUACCCAUACCAGAGGGGAAGGAGAUUGGGAUGUCUGUCGAUAUGUUCUAUAAGAAGAACAACGAACGAAAUACUAUGAAAUUGGAGAAAACAGAACGAGACGGUCCUACAUGCAAGCGGCCCAGAGCAAAGGGUAUACCAGCUUCAAAACCAAAGCCUAUUCACAAAGAACCAGAAUGUUUGACAAUAUCGUCUGACGAAGAGGAAGAAGGCAGGACUAAACAAAGUAGGAAGCGUUAAUAGUAACGCAGUAGUAGGCAAUGCAACUAACGCUUUUAACGAAGAAGUGGACACAAUUCUGGAUAAAGAACCAAUAAUUACAAAUUCUAGUGCAUGUGACAUGUUUGGAAUGGAUAAUGAAGAAAAUAGUAAAGAUAUUGGGCAACAACCACAAACUGCUCUAGAGUGUCGGACGGUCAGAAUAGGUUCUUACAAAUAUAUUCCUCGGGAUAAAGUAGUGAUUUCCCAUACUGGUGUAAGAUUUAGCGUACCUUUGUUAGAAGAUAAUAAUAGUUUUGUUAUUUUGGAUGUGAAAUAUAGAGAUAUAAUUAAACUUUUAAUUCAUUUUGGAAAGACAAUGCCAGUAGUAUUCUUUUAUACGUCUACAAGUACAGGAGCUAUGAUACGCGAAUUAUUAGGAAUGCAAGAUUCAAAAGGGCCAUAUUAUGACCCUGCUGGAAAAGAUUGGUUAUGCAUAUGCACUCUGUAUUUUAAAUAAUUUUUGUAGUACCUAUAAUUUCUCUUCCAUCAUUCCUCUAAAUUUUGUGUUGCUUUUUCAUACUGUUUUGUUAAAUACUAUGACAAACUCCCUCUUUCCGUCCGUUCUUCCGCCUUAGCCUUUAUCGUUUCUCCGCCUUUCUCUCUCUGCUAGCGUACGCGUACUCUAUGACUUUUCUAAAUACAUUUAUACUCUGCGUGCGUUUCUACCGUAUUGCUUACAUCACUCAUGUAUAUCUAUAUAUAUUUAUACUUGCGUACAUUUAAUUAUUAUCAAAAUUAAGAUUUG